ACAGACCGCUUCGACUUUCUCUAUUCAGGAAUACGGAGCCAAAAAAGCACCAGACCCAAAAGCCAAAAACCAAAUCUCCGCCCACACAAAAAAUUCCCACCACUGGUAUGUGGAGCUUCACUCAUAUUCCUUCUCGUUUUUGUUCUUCUUUCUCUCAAAUUUGCCUUUCCCCCAUUUUCUAUUUACACGUAAAACCCUUUAAAUCUCCUACCCUUAAGUUAUUAAUUUUUAUUUAUUAAUUCUUUUUUUUUCUUUUUCGCUGGAUUUCUUCUUAUCGAUUCCGUGGUUCUAGUUUCGCGGUUCCUUUAUGUUAAUUGAUAUUUUUUUUAUCGAAUGGGUUGUUUUUCCUAACUGGGUUCAGGAUUGAUUCAUAUAUACUCUCACUGUGGGAUCUUUUUUUUCCUUUUUUUUUUUUUUUUUUUUAAUCGAUAGGCUCCUGGGUUUAUACUUUUUAUUUUCUUUGGAAGGAAAGUAAUUGUAAAACUUUGCCGGGUGUUUUUUUUUUUUUUUUUUCUUUGUCAGAAUUUCACUUUUGGGGGUUCUUUCUUGUAUUUUUCUUGAAGGAUUCUGUAAGCUCCUUUAGGCGUGACUGUAUUGCUUCCCAAAAUAUUGUGGGCUUCUAAUUACGUUGUAGAAAUUAUUGCAGUAGGGUUUUUUUUUUUUUUUUUCUUUUGUUUCUUUUUUUUUUUCCCCUACAGAACUUGUGGAAAAUUGUCAAAUUUUUCGAUUCAAUAAUUUGUUUAGGGAUGUAAGCUUUCGUAGACCUUAGUCGCAGAAUUUCUGGGUAUGGUUUAAGUUUGUUCUGAUGAGUAUAUUUGUUGCGUCAAAGCCUUGAGAAAAGAAAUUUUGGAUUGUAAAUGGUCUGGUUGGACUGGCAGUUCACAUCCCAUGAACAGUUUCUCAGCAACAAAAUGGGGCAAUGGGGAAAGGUUAGAUCGCGGUGAAUCAUUGGAUGACAAAAGUUGAGACGUGAAGUAGUCAUGGCAGAAGGCGCAGAAGUUGAAGAGCGGGUGGAUCUUGAUGAGGACAAUUAUAUGGAAGAGAUAGAUGAUGACGUUGAAGAACAAAUAGAAGAAGAAGGGGUUGAUGGACCUGGUGAUGAAAAUGUUGAAGAGAAUGCUGAAGAAGUGCUUGAAGAUAUGAUGACUGGGGCCAGUGAGAAGGACCAUUCCCCAGAUACAGAACGAAGCCACAUUGACCCUGAGUCUGCAGAAGAUGAAGAGAAGCCUGCUGCUUCAAUUGAUGAAGAUGUCAAAGAGCAACACGCUCAACUUCUUGCCCUUCCUCCCCAUGGAUCCGAAGUUUUCAUUGGUGGACUUCCUCGAGACAUCUCGGAAGAAGAUUUAAGGGAUUUAUGUGAUGCCAUAGGCGAUAUUCUAGAGAUAAGAAUAAUGAAAGAUAGGGACACUGGAGAAAGCAAGGGUUAUGCUUUUAUAGCAUUUAAAACGAAAGAGGUUGCACAAAAGGCCAUUGAAGAGUUGCAUAGUAAAGAAUUCAAGGGUAAAACCUUAAGAUGUUCGCUUUCUGAAACCAAGCACAGAUUGUUUAUUGGUAAUGUACCAAAGACCUGGACUGAAGAUGAUUUUCGCAAAGUCAUCGAGGAGGUUGGUCCUGGAGUGGAAAACAUUGAGCUCAUCAAGGAUCCUCAAAAUGCAAGUAGAAACCGUGGUUUUGCCUUUGUCUUGUAUUACAAUAAUGCAUGUGCUGAUUAUUCAAGACAGAAGAUGUCAAGUUCAAAUUUUAAGCUGGAUGGUAACACCCCAACUGUCAGCUGGGCGGAUCCGAAAAGUACAUCAGAUCAUUCAGCUGCAGCACAGGUGAAGGCUCUUUAUGUGAAAAACAUACCUGAGAACACUUCCACCGAACAACUGAAGGAACUAUUCCAGCGCCAUGGGGAAGUGACAAAAGUGGUAAUGCCACCUGGCAAGGGUGGGCAAGGAAAAAGGGAUUUUGGGUUCGUCCAUUAUGCUGAAAGGUCUAGUGCCCUGAAGGCAGUCAAAGAUACAGAGAAAUAUGAAAUUGAUGGUCAAGUACUAGAGGUUGUUCUUGCCAAGCCUCAGACUGAUAAAAAAUCUGAUGGACCUUAUCCCUAUAAUAUCGGGCCUCAUCCAAACCAUAUUCCACACCCUGGGUAUGGUGGUUUUGCUGGAAAUCCGUAUAGCUCUCUAGGGGCUGGAUAUGGUGGUGCUGCAGGUUUUCAGCAGCCAAUGAUAUAUGGUAGAGGGCCAAUGCCGGCAGGAAUGCACAUGGUGCCAAUGGUGCUGCCAGAUGGUCGAAUUGGCUAUGUUCUUCAGCAGCCGGGUGUACAAAUGCCACACCCUCGGCCUCGGAGAGUUGAUAGGAGCAAUGGUCCAAAUGGACAGCCAGGAAGAGGUGGAGGUAGUGGCAACGAUGAAAGCAAUCGCAGCCGGAGAUACCGACCUUAUUAGGAGAGCUAGCCAAGCUAGCGAACUGGAGAGGAGCUGUUUUUCUUUUUCGUAAAACAAGAGGAAUGAUGUGGUUCGAUGAGCAGCCUCUUUGACCAAAAUAACACCUCCCAGAAAAAGAAAAAAAAAAAAAAGAGGAAAAAAGAAGCUGGUAGAUUUAGGAAAGCAAGGUUUAUAUGACAUGGUGUUGGUGUCUCGGUGCUGAUAGAGAUUGACAAUUUAGGAAUCAUCUUUGUGUAUUAACUUAUCUGCUUGUAAGGCAUUGUCUUGGCAUUUUAAUUGACACCAGCUUUACAACGUCCAUAAA